AUGCCCUGGCGUUGUUGGUACAUGCCGGUGUGGAAUUGGGAUGAAAUUAAUAUAUGUAGAAAAAUGCUAUAUAAGCAUCUUGAGAAAGAGAAGGUUAGCAAGUUGUUUCAUAAAUGGGGAGGAAUCCCACGGUUUGUCUUGGAGAAAGCUAAUGAUCAAACUCAGCAAGAUAAGCUUCUAGAUGCAAUUGCAAGAUGCGAUGAAAAGAUAUUUACUUAUAUUGAAGAAAGUGAAAGCGGAGAUCAUAAACUUAUACAUAUUAAUACAAACGUUUUAAUUGAAGAAAAUAACAUAGAGCUCAAAAAUAGCGAUCCUUAUACACAGAAAGUUCUAAAAUUUGCAUCAGACUAUAUAGGCGAAAGAGUGACUAUAAAACUCGAAAAGACAAUCAAGAGCAGAUUGAACAAUGAAAUAAAAUUAAGUUUAUCUUGUGGCAAAAGUAAUCAGUUUUUAGGCAACUGUUUCGAACAGAUUGCUCAACGGAUGUUGCGAGGUGGAGGAGAAUUCAAUGUUCGUUCUUUAGAUUCUGAUCAAUUGGGAACUAUCAAGUUGAAUCGGCAGAACGAAAUACUUAUCUUUUCUGCUGUUGAUGCAAUCAAUAAUGGAGAGUACUGCCAACCGAACAAUAAAAAUUUUCCUUCAAUUGAUUCAAUUAUUGCUCCCAAUAUGUUAUUUCAAAUGACGACUACUCGAGAACAUAAUAUCAAGAUGAUUGGUUUAAUAAAGCUUUAUAGCAAAUUAUCAAAGACGGGUAAUAUUGACUUAUUUUUUGUUGUACCGGCAAUUUUGUACAAUGGUUACAAGAAACAGAAAUUUAUUAAUGGUACAAAUGGAAUGCCGAAUUGGAUUAGAAAUCAG